AUGGAAUCACAUAUGAAGACCAUCCCCAAACUUAUCUAUAACAAUAGAUUUCAACAUGUCAAGACUAAAAGCAUCUUCAACGCGAAUGUCCUGUCUAUAGCUUUCAUUUCGGAUUCUAAUAAAGAAAAUAUCCUUGAAGCCUUCAAGGCUACAUUGGAGGGCAACUUGCUUGCAAAAGUAAUCUUCUACUUUCUCCCGGAGGUGAUCCCUAAUAUCAACUUGAAAAACUUCAGUGACUGGCUGUGGGAAGAAAGAAUCCUUUACAGUUUGAUGGUUGCAGAUGACCGUGUGUUCACGUAUAAUCCAUAUCCUGAAGUUAGGCUUGUGGAAGUUACUUCAAUAGGGUCGCUUGAAUCAGUGUUCACCGCCAAACUAGCUAAUUUUCAUGGAACUGCGAUAAGAGUCGUACGAUCGAUCGAACUAUCACGACAUAUUGAAUAUGUUGAUCGGGAUGGGAACAUCCAAUUUGGAGGGCGCUUUAUGAAAACCAUCCUCGCAUUUAUCAAAAAACACAAUGGAACGUUUGUCGAGCAAAAAGCGAAAGAGGAUAUGAGUGACGUCGAAGAGUUGUUUAAAAACAGGAAAAUCGAUUUUAUUUCAAUGACAGUAAUGAUGAAGGGGUUAACGCCAUCAUAUCCCAUAUCCACUAUCACACCAUGUGUUCUGGUACCUUAUCAGAAGGAACUUCCAAGGGUAUUUUAUCUGAUGCUACCCUUUCAGAUGUCUGCUUGGAUUUUAGUUGGCAUUGGAGUCAUAUUUAUUCUUUUCGUAAUCGCAGCAACCGAGCUUCUCUACGGAAGAAGCCCUGCCUCUAUUUGCCAGGAAGUUCCUUUCCAGGUCUGGCGGAUACUCACUCUACAGAUACACUUUCGAGACGAGCUGGGAACAAAUCACAGAAGGAUGUUUAUCAAUUUUUUGGCCACCAUUCAGUUUAUGUUACUUUUGAGCCUUUAUCAAAGUGGAUUGAGUAGUUUUUAUACUAAAUCGAUAUCAACUAGACAAAUCGAUACCCCCGAGGACCUAGUCAAGACUUCAUAUAAGAUUGUGUCACCACCUGUCCCACUGAAGUUCCUUCGAGAGCUUCAAUUAUUACCUAAGAGCGUUCUGGAACGCUUCAUUGGAGACGACACUUUGGUAAAUGCAAAUUUAAAACAAAUGAACCCUAAAUUUGGGUAUCUACCACCAUCUGAAUUUAAGGAUUUUUUGAAAGAAUUGGAAGAGCGGCCUUCAACCAAGAUUUUCCAUCUGACCAAAAUCUGCACGCCUGGUAUGUUGCUGAGUAUCGCAACUCAAAAGGAUUCACCAUUCAAGGACAUUUUCGAUGAUACUAUCUUUCGCCUUAUUGACACUGGGUUCAUGCUAAAGUGGCACAAAGAUACUAUUUACGAACUGAAGCAAGUAGGCUUUCUGAGAAUGGAGAUAGCGGGCGAAAGCGUCCUGCGACCGUUGAAACUUAAGGAACUAUAUUUUGUAUGGGUGAUCUACGCAGUUGGUGUUGUAUUGGGCGUUGUUGUUUUCUUUGUGGAAAAAUUAGUGAAAGGCAAAAUCUGCUGCCAUAAAUGUCAGCAUACUGGAAAGUUUGGUGGACGUUCAGCCGGGAGUUUGGUUCAACCUUGA